AUGAAUUCUCUGAGGAGAUGGCUUUACAGACCAAAGAGAACAGACUCUUCACUCCUGGCACAGUUUUACUUUGCCGAUGAGGAUCUCAAUCAAGUGGCUGCAGAGCUGGACAGUUUUGAGGGGAGAAAAGACCCAGAGAGAUGCACUGCUUUGGUCAACCAGCUGCGGGCUUGCCAAGCAAGAGUCCUGAAUGUUGUCUCACAGAUCAUGGAUGAGCAGGUGAAGGAUUUCAGGGCAUCCAGGGACUUCAGGGUCAAGUUUCCAGAUGAUGUUAUUCAGGAGAAUUUAGCUGGACAGCUGUGGUUUGGAGCAGAAUGUUUAGCCGCUGGUUCAAGUAUCAUGAACAGAGAAGUUGAAAGUGCUUGUAUGCGUCCAUUAGCCAGAGCUCUGACGAAAAACUUGGACAGCUUGAGGAAUGUUCUCAGAGAUCAGUGUCUUCGCAAUGUACAUGAAUAUACAGAUUCUAUCAAAGAGUCACUGAUCAUAUUUGACAAGCUGUUUGCUGAAUUUGAGUUAAGUUAUGUAAGUGCUAUGGUACCUGUGAAAACAGCACAUGAGUAUGACUUAGUGCAAGAAAUCACAGUUUUGUUCUCAGAGACUGUGCAGAGGGCUUUAAAAGUAGGUCUGUUAACAAGAGACAUGAUCGAUGAAUAUGAUCCAGCGUUGAUGUUCACAAUACCCAGGCUUGCCAUUGUCAGUGGGGUGCAUAUCUUUAAGGAUGGACCUUUAAAUCCAGACAAUGAUCCAUGGAAUUUGUCAGAGAUGUUCAGACCAUUCCAGACGCUGCUGCUCAAAAUUAGGGAGCUGUUGGGCAUUUUAACAGAUGAAGAACUAAAUACAUUAGAAAGAGCGCUGUGUAGCCAAGAGGAGCCCUCUUUCUUACUGAGUCUUGAGGAAAAGAAAAAGCAAAAUGCAAAAAUAGAAAGACAGAAAAGUAGAGAAGAGAGAAACCUAACAGGAGCCACAAGCAGGAAGGACAAGGAUAGAGAAGAGUCAGAUGAUGGGAGCAUGGAGAAUGAAAUGACUGCCCUGGAAAUAGCUGAACGAUUAGAAGCCCUGGCCCUCAAUUUUGAAACUUCUAGAAAUGCAAAGCUUGCUCAGUGUAAUGAACACUCGGUCCAUGAAAUACAUAAUCAAAGCAGUGAAUCCUUGUCCACAUCAUCCUGUUCAUUCUACAGUGAAACAGAAGCAGAAGAGAGGAACUCUUUGGAUGUUGAGAAAGAACUAGCAUCUGAUGAUUCAGGUCAGACUCAUUUGCAGCAGUUCACACAGCAACUGUACCAUGAAAUAAAUGCUGACAGCAGUACCUUGACACAAAGUAUUCCUGUUGUGGAAAAUCUUGACGCUUCCUUGCCGGAAUGUACUGAAACUCCAACUGCUGGCACCCUCAGUAAGAAUACUUUAGCUACAGAAGAUUCAGCCUUAUCAGAGGCUACAACGCAGGACCACACCACAAUUGAUAACAGCUUGGAAGCAGCAGCAGCAGUGGGCAGGGCAUAUUUUGCCAUGAACAAAUGCGACAGCAGUGACUCAGGGCUUCAAAGCGAAGUGCUGAGCAACUCUGACAGCACCUUCACAAUUUCAUCCAGUGACUCUAACCAGCAAGUAGCUAUCUCUGAUGCACCUGGUGUUUCCAAGUGUACUGAUUGCAGAGAAGCAUCUGAGACUAACCAUGGUGUGUUCUCUGACUUGUGUUGUGAGAAUUCAUUAGGACUGAAUACAAACAGCAGCAGUCAUCAAGUAUUGCCCCAGACAUCUGGGAAUUCUGUUGAAACUAUUAUGCAACUAUCCGACAUAGAAAAUGAGCACACUUCUCAUGCACACUUGAAGGCAGACCAUAGUGCACCUUAUAAUUGUAGAAUGAAUGGCAGUGAAAGUGGGAAAGUUGUUCAGACAACACAGGAGCUUACCAGUGCAGACUUUUCCCAUGCAGUAAAUGAAAGGCCACACCCUGAACAUUCCAGAAUUCCACAUACUUCUAAAGACCAAAUCUGUGAUAGAGGUGAACAGAGUCAUGUGUUGAACAACCGUCAUGCUCAUGCAAGUGAAGAGAGGGGGGAUUUAUCAGAUGUGGACAACCCAUUAGCAUGCGCCAAUUCAGACAUUUUAUCUACACCUGCUGUCAUGGAAGACAGAGAAAAUAAUAAUAACCAUGUUAACAAGUGUGCAAUAUUAACUCAAACUUCUGAGAUGCACUCUGAUGAGGAGACAGUUUCAGCUUUUGGUAGAAGGCAGAUAGACGGCUGUGUAAAUAUACUCAUAUCAAGGGACCAGACUAUGGCAGACUCUAGUUCUGAAACAGAUCCAGUAACUUCAUCUCAGUCACUUUCUGCUCCCAUCACCACCAUCGAGUCAGAUGCCAUCUUAACUGCUAGCACUGCUGACUCAACACACACAUUUAAACCAUCCGUAGAUGAUGCUCAGGAUUCUAGGAAGUUAACUCCAUCACCACCUCCUUCACAUAACGGGCUUUCAAAUCAUUUACUUACAACGAAUACUUCAAGCCUUGCUGCACCCAACUCAUCAUCUACAAAAGGGCACUAUAGUGGAAUAAAGGGUUCUUCACGGACGAGAAGCUUAAAGAAGAGUUCCAAGGUGAGGCAGCAGCAGCAGGAGACAUCCUCAAAUCGUAAUCAGAGACCUGGCUUACCCGCUCAGGCCAAGGUUCUGAUUGAGUACCAGUUGCUUGACAGUGAAUGCAAUCACAGUAGUGAAACCAGCUCAUAUACCUCUGAUUGUGGGGAUCAGGAAGAAAUUGAUCUUGCGGUCAAAGCUGCGGAAAAUGCAACUCGUCAACAGGUGCGUGCCAGAUUUGAGAGCAGCAGCGACAUGAUACAUCGCCUGUUUGUUUGCAUCUCAGGUGUGGCCGACCAGUUGCAGACCAACUUUGCUGGUGACCUCAGGAACAUCCUCCGGGCAGUUUUUGACAUGAAUUGUUCAGAGCUUGUAGAUAUCAGCACAGAUGAUAAGUGUAAGGAUACUACCCCUCUGGAAGCUGCUUAUCGAGCAGUAUCACAAGCAUCACGGUCAGCUAGAAGGGCUCGAAGUUUUACCAAUCAGCGACAAG